UACACAAGGAUCAAGCAGAACAAGGCUGGAAAUAUACCUAGUUCCCUUAUAGCAGGGUUCUAAAGCGCCAUUCUCUCAGCAGAUAAACGUCUCUACUGUUAAAUCAAUCAAAUGUGAUAAGCCCGCGGCAGCAUCUGCUAACCCAUCCCCGCCAGCUCGUCCCUCCCUCCCGCGAAGGUCCAGCGCAUUGCCCCUUUAAAGCUUUUGUUAGAGAUUUCAGCACCGGGACAGAUCCUGCACUGUAUAUGGCAACAUGGCGACAGAGUUUCACAACCUGCAAGAGAUGCGGCGGAGCGCCUCGCUGGCCACCAAAGUGUUCAUUCAGAGAGACUACACCGAGGGCACCACCUGCCAGUUCCAGACCAAGUUCCCAGCCGAGCUCGACAGCCGCAUUGAGCGGCAGCUCUUCGAGGAAACAGUGAAGACUCUCAACAACUACUACGCAGAGGCCGAGAAGAUUGGGGGUCAGUCAUACCUAGAGGCCUGUCUGGCCUGUGCCACGGCCUAUAUCAUCUUCAUGUGCAUGGAGACGCGCUACGAGAAGGUGCUGAAGAACAUCUCCAGGUACAUCCAGGAGCAGAAUGAGAAGAUGUAUGCUCCCCGAGGCCUGCUCAUCACAGACCCCAUUGAGAGGGGCAUGAGGGUUAUUGAGAUCUCCAUCUUCGAGGACCGUGGCAGCAGUAGCUCCAGCUCCAGCUCCAGUUCCACCUCCAGCAGCAGUGGCCGGUGACUGGAGGAACGGCCCCAGGGGUACGGGUAUCAGGGUGCUGGGGGGCUCCCCAAGAUCCGCAUGCUGAAACAUGAGAGCACCAGGUUCUGAGGGGAACAUAGUCACAGCCAGGGGAUCACACUCACAUGCACAUCACUCUUUCUUAGAUUAUGUUUCCAUGGGCACACAUCAAUCUCUUUUUUAACUGUAUUGCACUGACAGCUAUCUACAGACAAAAUGGUCAACAGAGGUGUACAUUUCCUCUGCCAAUGUGCCUCAAGGGAGAGGGUAGUGUUAGUGCCCACCCAAUCCAUGGCUUCUCAGAGACACUGCCAGCAAUGUGCCAUUAAGUGCCAAUUUUGAAGUUGAUUUUUGUCUUGAACCAUUUUCUCCAGGAACAUGCGGAGUAGUUUCACACAAGCCCCAAAAUGGUCAAUAGAUUACAAUGGCUUUAGGUCACUAUUGAUCAGUGGCUUCAUAUUGACAAGCUGUUAAGCCACACAAUCUUGCCUUGUGCCUUCAUGCUAGUUUGUGCAUUCCCAUGGAUAACUGUUUUAGAGAGUUUGCCAUUGUAGAAGCUUUGACUGUGCCACUGCUUAAGGCCAUAGCAGUAAAAGUAGCAACAAUUGUAAAACAAGGAUAGAUGUCAACUAAUGGAUUUCCUCUACAGACACACUUUAUUAAAAGCUUUGGAAACAAUGCUGUUUAUGUGCUUCGGGGCAGGCACAGCUCAAGGCAGUCAUAUGACGGUGUACCCAUGGAAACAUCUUUCAUUUGUUUCAUUUAAUGUUUAAGUGUAUUUAUUUACUAAUUUAUUCAUUUGUUCAUCUGUUUAUUUAUUUAUUUAAAAUGUCAGGACUAUCACUAGGGUAGGCCUGUGCACAUUAUAAUUCAUUGUUAAGGAGACCCCCCCGCCGGCAAAGUGAAGCUUCUUGAAGAAAAAGGACCAAUUCACAGGGGGUCAACAAGUUUUAAACUUCCUUCAGCUUCAGCACAUCCCUCCUCCACACUGAAGUUCUGUGAAAUGGAUCACACUAGGACCAGGACCAGGACCCGGCUGAAACCCUAAGGAUCUGAUCCUUUGUCUAUUUGGCUUUCCCAGUUUAGGGCACCUACAAGUUUGCACACUAUAUUUGGAAAUAUUUCCCUCCUGUAUGAUCUGAACUUUUGUUUUCCAUAAUACUAUUAAUAAAAAGUAUUUUGUUUCCUUUUGCA